AGUCCGUGUUUGGAUCAUUAACCCCACCGAUAGGCUUCCACCUCAGAGAAACAGUUGAACUGCGCAGAGAGUUCAGAUCAGAGGAGGCAGGAGCGACAGGAGAGGGCAGAAAGCAGGAACGGAGCGCUCGGUUCUCCGGGUUAUUAUGCACAAUUCGGACAAGGUUUGCAAAUCUACCCGGUCGGACUCAUGGUGAAAAGAAAGAAGACGUCGCCUACUUGCGAAGACCACCACAAUGGGAUGACACCGGGCUCCAGGGAGGGCAUCGGGGUGGAUGGGAGGAGGAAUCCGGCCACGAAGCCCGAAGGUUGCGACGAGGAGGAGAGAGAGGAGCGCAGCACAAAGGGAGCCGACGGAGAGGAAACGCUUCAUCCAUCAGCCGCCUCGGUGCCACCGGCCUCUCCCCCGAACCGAGCCCAGGGUGGCCCAAACCAGCACCCCCAGAGCUCCGCAGAGCCAGUCCCUCCGUGUCAAGACCAGCAUCAUUUUCUCAGAUCCAGCGUCCGACCUCCCAGCAAACGGAUCCGGAAGGAUUCAAUGGUUUCCACCAUCAAUGGGCAUGGAGGAGCCAGAUCUAAAGGGGCAGAGAAUGGCUCUUCCUCCAGUGGGACAGUUGGACAGUCUGGACCAGUGGCCGGCUCCACAGGGGGAGUGUCGAAGGCCUCCAAGGGCCAGGGGUCUGCUGAGAAGGAGGAGCAAGCUGGUAACCAGAAGAGGGCCCGUCGGCAGUGGGAGUCUUGGAGCACAGAGGACAAAAACAGCUUUUUUGAGGGCCUCUACGAGCAUGGGAAGGAUUUUGAGGCCAUCCAGAACAACAUUGCAAUGAAGUACAAGAAAAGAGGCAAACCAGCCAACAUGGUGAAGAACAAGGAGCAGGUUCGCCACUUCUACUACCGGACCUGGCACAAGAUCUCCAAACACAUUGACUUUGCAAAUGUGUACUCCAGAGUGCUGAAGAAAUCCUCUCAAGAACUCUACGGCCUCAUCUGCUAUGCCGAGCUUCGCAAAAAAGUUGGCGGGUUAAUGGAUGAUAAGAACGUGUCAAAGCUGAACGAACUAAUCCAACAAGGGGCCACCACUGUGCGCUCAAAAGGGAGGAACCUGCGAAUCAAAGCACCCAUGUGCCGAGCACUGAAGAAACUUUGUGACCCAGAUGGAGUGAGUGACGAGGAGGACCAGAAGCCAGUGCGUCUGCCCCUGAAGGUGGCAGUGGAGCUCCAACCACGCAGCAACCACUCCUGGGCCCGCGUUCAGAGUCUAGCCCACAACCCACGUCUCAGGAUGGUGGUGGAGCUGCACAGGAAAGUCUCCAGCCUCAUUGAGUAUCUGAAACAGAAGUGGGCGUACCAUGACCGGCGGAUCCUGAAGAGUCUCAUGGAGAGGGAGGCUCUGGACGUCGGCCCAUCCAGCGCAGUUUCUUCCUGCAAACCCCAGCAGGACGAGCUCUUUCUUUACCCCGCUGAGAGCAGCACUUUGACCACCCUGCCUGGUGUGGCCCGCGUCGUUCACUCCAAGGCCUCCUGCACUGUACACUGGCUAGAAAGUGGCAAGAACCGGCCUAAUGCCAAGGAGUUGCCCGCUGCUCAGAUUCUGGGUAUUCACUCGGCUCCACCACUUCGGACUGGAACUAAAUCUGGACGGGGAGGCGCCGCUGCUGCUGGUGCUUCAGUGACUGUUUUGUGUGAUAGUCGACGAACUGAGCCCCUUAACCCUGAGCCUUCACAAGACUGCUCUACAAAGGUAGAAGAGAAGAAACCUCAAUCUGUUUCUGUCCCUGCUUCCUCUCAGCAGACUGUGGCUCUUAGGGAAGAGGGAACCGUGAUAGGACCCUCUGAAGGGGGAAAGAUCUGUACUGGUGUGGAGGCCAGUAUUGAUUUAUCAGUGACCAAAAGCAUUGAGAAGACGUGUAGUGGUACAGAAAGCCCAUCGGAGCCGUGUAAUGAGGAGCAGAACACCAUCACCUCUUCCCCAGAGGCCAACCAGCCUCCCCCAGCCAAACCUCCAGUCGCUGGCUCAGAGGAGGUGAUGUCGCAGGGCUCUGCACCAGCAGCCAAAGAGCGGGCUGUCGAGCAGAUCAGAGGGGAGGGCUGGAGCGCUCGUGACGCCGAGAACGUCACCCUGGCUGAGCUCUACCUGAUGUUUGGGAAGCCUGGCAAGCUGCAGCUGGAGUACGAGUGGCAGCCCACGUCAGGUCCUUUCAACAACCAGGAAAACGGACAAGCCCACCUCAAGCCCAUCAAGACACAACACGUUCUGCGCUGCCUGCUCAAACUGGUUGCCACUGAGGUCAAUCCUAAACCUCUGGCUCCAGAGCUGUGCUCCACUGCUCCAUCCCCACACAAGACCCAUCCAGAGGAGCAAAACCAGGCCCUUACACCUCCAGGGAAGGGUCCCGUAGCAGGUGUUCGCAGCCCCAGCUGUGGCCGGCAGCAGGCCUCUGUCCGAGGGGCCCGGUUACACCUGCCAACUGCUGGAGUCUCAGGUGGACGCAACCUCCCCCGCUCUCUGCUGGGGUUGACAGCGAGCAGCGACGCAGAAAGCGGUGUGUUUGCGGUUCCCACCACGCUGCCCCCGAACAGCUCGCGGCACAACAGAAUGUUUUCCCCCAACAAGGAAGCAGAGCUAGCCUUCAAACAGCAGCUCGACUCUAUCAGUAUGCAGUCAGAACUUUUCAUUUCAAGACAGAGAAAACCUCGAAACAGACAACUACGGAAACCACUUGUAGUUCAGCGAACACUUCUACCACGAACUACAGGCGACACUCCUCAGCAUGUCUGCUCCUUCUCCAUCCUCUCCAACUCCUCUGCCACAGGAACUGGAUCUUUCCGGCCAAUCCACACUCGCCUGGCUCCUUCCUCCCGCCCCCUCUUGUCCAAAGCUUCCCCUGCAGCCUCCAGCUCUGCAGGAGCCAGUCAGCUCUCCAGUGCCAUUGACCUGGCUGCUAAGUCUGCAGGUAUCAUCCCUGGCAGUCCCCGUCGGGAGCUGAACUCUCCCGCUGUUGAUAACGGCACCCUGCUCCACACCACAGCCAUUGUUGAAGCAGAACCAGACUCUCAACUCCUCCAGCACAAUGUCCCAGAGAACGGUCACCCUCCCCCGUCUCCUGGACUGACCGGUGGUGGCGACUCCCUCCUCUCUCCGCCCAGCGUGGCCUCGCUCCUGGACAUCUCUCUCCCCGGCCCCCCUGAAGAGGCUCUAGCCCCCGGAGAAUCUCAGACACACAUCAGUGACUCCAUCAUCGAGCUCGCCAUCAACUCUGGCCACUAUGGCGAGGAGGCCGCUCUCUCUCCGGCCAAGAUGAGCAACAACGACAGCUCCAAACUGAUGGCCUCGUCUCCCUCAGUCAGCCCGUCCAGAGGCUGGAUCCCGUCGCCCAGCCACGACCCCCAGUGGUACCCCAGUGACUCCUCGGACUCCACACUGGGAUGCCUCCUCUCCAGCAUGGUCUCUCCUGAUAAAGGCAAGCGGACCACCCUAACCCCCUCUGGCCCCUCCAGCGGCACUGCUUUGCUUGGUCCCAGUCUCCUGGACUGCAACUCCCAUGAUUCCUUUCAGUCCCGUGGCCUUCCUGAUGUGGCAGAGAUGGACUCUCAGCUUGCCUGUAUGAUGAGUGAGAGCAGUGUGGACUACAUUGCUCGCUUCAACGACCUGGCUCAGGAGCUGGCUGUGACCGAGCCCUCCAUCCCACCACCCUGAGGCAGAGCGGACCUGGCUCCAACGACCCACGGCCAUCUGGAGGACACGAGUUCUGUCUCCACGCUGUCCCUUCUACUCUGGAGAAAAGAUGCCCCCCCCCC